CUCCAUUACCCAUCAUGCACCGCCGUUGCAGUGACGUCAUACCUUAGUUUUCAUCAGGAAGCGGAACCAUAAAAGUUGUUUCCCCCUCGCCUUUGUUGUGUUGAAGCCUCAGUUUUCUCGCCUGAGCUCGGCUUACAAGGAAACUUCACAAUGAACCUCGAACGGAUGCCCAAUGAAGAGAAGCUUAGCCUCUGCAGGAGAUACUAUUUAGGUGGCUUUGCAUUCCUCCCCUUUCUGUGGCUGGUAAAUGUACUGUGGUUUUUUAAAGAGGCCUUUUUAAAACCUGCAUACACAGAACAGCAGCAGAUCAAAUCAUACAUAAAGAAGUCAGCUAUGGGGCUCAUAGUGUGGGUGGCUGUGCUGACCACGUGGAUCACCAUAUUCCAGCACUUCAGAGCACAGUGGGGUGAGGUGGGAGAUUACCUCUCCUUCACCAUUCCCCUCGGCACAUCCUGAUCAGAUCUGCUGCUUCACAAUACCUCUGUUUCUCUCUCUCUCUCUCUCUCU